AACAGACAAACAAGAAAUUUUGAGAAUUAUUUCAGAAAAAUUUGGAAAAAGUUUAGAAAAUAUGGGUAUAGAAGAAAUUAAGCACGGCCCCACUAGCAUCCAUAUGUCAGGAGAGCAAACAAUUCCAUCAGGUUCAGUCGUCUUCAUUAAACAAAAUACAAGGAAGGUUUCUAGUCCGUUGCCAGUUCGGUUACAAUGUCAGCUGUUGGACAACAAGCCCGAUCUAAUCCAGCUGAAAUUUAAGAACCGAGAAGCCCCACGCUCCCCUGACCCUAAUAACCCACCAGACAACCCAUCCAUAUAUUUUAUCAAGACCCCUUCACCAAAGCUAAAAACUAAAUUCUCCCUCAAGAAAUCUAUCUCUGCACCGAGUAACCUGAAAACUAUCCCGGAGAACAUUAUGCUCCAGCAACCCUUGAACCCAACCCAACCCCAGCCACAGCCCCCUAUGCCUCCCAGAGUCCUGCAGAAAAGAACGGAUUCUGAGAAAAUUAAGAAGGUUCCAACCGUCUCCAAGUCAAACAAGAUUAAAAAGAGUAAAACUGAAAACGACCUUGCUUACCGGACAAAAUAUGAACAGAAAAAGAUGGAAAAGAAAGUCAAGAAAAAUUCUUUAUCAAUCAAAAUUGAACAACCAAUAGAAAAUCCAGGUCCAGAAAUAUUGGGAAUUGCAAGUUUAAAAAUCGACGAAAGUUUUCAAGAUACAUCCCCUGGAACAGAGAGCACAUCAUUGCUUAGUACUGAUCCACCCGAAGAAAGAGCUGUACUUAGGUCUUAUCAGAAAGAUCUCGUGGACUUUUAUAGAAAUAAAAUGGAAAUUGAAAAAGAAGGAGUUUCCUCAACUAGUGUCCGCUCGCUGCCGUCUGAGUCUAAAACUGGUCAAAGUAGGUUGGGAAGACGAGAUAAACAAGCGGGAUGGAGUUUGCCGAGACCUAAACGGAGAACAUCAAAAGUUGAAACGGCUCUCCGGUUAUUCAUAGCAAACUUAUUCAGACCGACAGAGCAAAGAAACCUGCCCCUGCCUAAAAAGCAGAAGCAUAAUGAUGCUGUACCAGUACAGCAGGUUCAACCCAGGCCGGCGGGGAAAAUGAAGGUGGGAUUAAAGAUGAAGGGAGGUGGAGGAAGAAAAUGCUGUAAAUCUGGAUACUGUACUAGAUGCUUCAGUCAGGUUGAUGCCUACAGAAACAAAUCCAGAGAUUUCCGAUAAAUCAAAAAGAAAUCAAAUUAGUUUUAGAGAAUACCUAUAUAGUGCAAAGAAGAGCACCUUAAAAAAUAUUCACUGCUAGAACACUACAUUACACGGAAUGUUACCUAAUAGAGAAUAUUCAAAAUUUGUUUUAAAAAUAAAUUUUUGAAUUUUGAUUACUUUGUGCAUUUAUGUCGAAAUAUAAUUGAAUAUGUUU